AUGGACACCUCGAUGCACAAGCGAUAUGCCAGCGAUGCAGAAAACAACAACAGCACCGAUACCGACGACGACGAUGACGACCAGUUUGAGGACGUGAGCAUUCCAAUCGACGACCCAUCCUCCGACAGCAUGCCAGAGCUCGGCACCAUUGAGCUCACAUUCAGCAACACGGCAACAGAUGAGCCCUUGGCUGCGCACAAGCGAGCGACGCUCAGCAAACAGGCGCGCAUGCAUCGGCGAUGCCACCACAAAGCCGAGCUGCUCUGCCACCUGGCAGCGGCACGCUGGCACAGCUACCGCAGUGCCUCUGACGAAUGGCGGGCGCUACAGCUCUCGCUGCUGCCGAUGUCGCUAGUGGACCGCGUCUGGGCGCAUCUUGCCAUCGACGGCCGAGUGCGCCGCGAGUGGGUCGAGCGUGAUCUGGCCGCGGCCAUGCGGCUACUGCGUGGGCGGCAUUGUAGGGAUGGUGCAGCGAGCACAGCGGACACAGCGGGCGCCCUGGUGGCUGCUCUGGGCGCCCUGGGGUUCGACGCGCGCCUGUGCGUAGGCAUCACGCCUGUGCCGCUGAAGAUGACCGUGCGCGAGGGCGCAGCCAUCGACGCAGCCCUCCGAGGCUCCAGCGCAGCAAGCUGUACGGCGCCAGUGCCCGGCCGAUCGCCGCCCGUGGCCGAGCCAGCGGUGGAUCGCCCUGGCCGCGCCGCCGCGCCACGCCCAGCACCCAUACAUCCUCUCGCUUCCUCGCACUGCGUCUGCGACGUCACGCAGCGCUAUGCCGCGGACUUCCACCACAUGGCACUGCCGCUGCGGCUGGAGUCCCUCGUGCGGCCGCCGGACACUUGGUGGGCGCACGCGCUGCAGCCCUACGCCGACGAAGCCGCUGAGGCACCAGCAUUGCCGCUGCCGCCGCCACCGCCGAUGCCCCGGCGGCUGGCGGACUUUGCACGCAGCAGGCACUUUACCGAAGUGCUGCGGCCGCGGCUGCCCAUCGUUGGGUACUUCCGCGGCACGCCGGUGUUUCUGCGCGAAAACGUGCGCGUUCUGCGCUCGCGCAUGGCCUGGCACCGCCGCGGCCAGCAGACUAGCGCUGUGCCGGUGCCGCCGGUGGUCAAUGGCCAGGUGCCGCGGAACACGUUCGGGCGCCUAGACGUGUUUGUCCCUGGGAUGGUGCCCCGAGGCGCCGUGCAUGUGCGUGGCGAGGCGGCGCUGCGCGUGUGCCGCGUGCUGCAGGUCGACGCGGUGGUGGCGGUGGUUGGCUUUGCUUUUGGCCGCGGCCGCGUGGCGUCGCCGGUGAUCGAUGGCGUUGUGGUGGUCGAGCGCGAUGCCGGCCUGGUGCGCGACGCUGUGCGCGACGACAAGCGCGCUGCGGAGAUCCGCAAGGCUGAAGCGGCCGAGGCGGCCGCCGUGAAGCGCUGGGCCCGCCUGGUGCGCGCGCUGAGGGUGCGCGCCGACGUCGACGCGGCCUUUGCGAGGCGGCCGGCGGAUGGGCUGACGUUUGCGCCCAGGGCCAGCGAAAACAGCCACGACAGCCACGACAGCCACGACAGCGAAGGCGGCACAAGUGACAGAGGCAGCGGCAAUGAAGGUGACAAAAGUGCCCAACCUGACUCUGGCGGUGGGUUUCUCGUCUAA